GGCCGGACGCUGGCAAAGUGGCAACGCACGCAUUCCUACUCCAAGCAUUGACAGGCACGCAGGCGGCGCCGUUCGGCACUGCACACUCACGAGCUCGCGCUGGAGAGUGGAUACUCUCCCCCAGCACCAAGAAACUACGAAAUCGCCCCCACCACCAUCUUCCCUCGGGUCCCUCUUUCCUGAUCUUGCCAAGAAUCCAAGAUCCGCCUGCGAUACCGAGCGGUCCUGUCUUGAUCCGAUGGGAGGGAAGGAUGCGGGGGAGGGCGGCGGCAAGGCGGAGUGGCUGAUCUACGCCUUCGUGGCGCGCGGCACCGCGGUGCUGGCGGAGUACACGGAGUUCACCGGCAACUUCCCCGCCAUCGCUGCGCAGUGCCUGCAGCGGCUACCCGCCGGAUCGUCCUCCGCCGCCAGCACCGGCCCUGACGGCCGCGGCGGCGCGCCGGUACGGUUCAGCUACGCCUGCGACGGGCACACAUUCAACUUCCUCCUGCAUCGCGGCUACGCCUAUUGUGUAGUUGCGAAGGAAUCCGUUCCAAAGAAUGUCUCAGUGGCAUUUCUUGAGAGGUUAAAAGAUGACUUCAUGAAGAGAUACGGUGGUGGUAAAGCUGAUACAGCUCUUGCAAAAAGUCUAAAUAAAGAAUAUGGACCAGUUAUAAAGCAGCACAUUCAGUAUGUUCUUGAUCAUUCAGAGGAACUAGAUAAAACAUUAAAAGUGCAAGCCCAAGUUUCAGAAGUUAAAAAUAUCAUGUUAGACAACAUAGAAAAGACUUUGGGCCGUGGAGAAAAGUUGAGUGAACUCCAAGACAAGACUUCUGAUCUACAUAGUCAGGCCCAGGAGUUCAAAAAACAGGGGGUGAAGAUUCGUAGGAAGACAUGGCUGCAGAACAUGAAAAUUAAGUUGGUGAUUCUUGGAAUCCUUUUGCUCCUUGUAAUCAUAGUCUGGGUUUCUGUUUGUCAAGGCUUUGACUGCACCAAGCAUGAAACAUAGUAAGAGUGGUACAACACUACUAUAGUUCUAGCUUGAAGUUGCGAUGGAUGUGAAUUUGUUCUGGUGAAGUCAAGUGUACCUCGUAUGCUUUGGCUCUCUAGUUUCAUUCCGCCGGACAAUUAUUACGGUACAAAUAUAAAUCUGAGUUGGUCUUAUUGCACGCCUGAGGUGUACUCGCAACGUAAGACUGGCUUGAUAUGAAUAGCUGAAUUCGCUAGAAUCUAGCACAAAA